CAAGCGAUGGUCGAACUGUUGUUGUUCUGUGUAUGAUUGGUAAUAUUCCCGGCAACUUCCAUUCUGCUGACUUGAGAAACUAUUUUUCACAAUUCAUAGAAUCUGGAGGCUUCAACUGUUUUCAUUUUAGACACCGCCCAGAAGUUAAAUCGCGAAGUCACAGGGAUAACUCUUCCGACGGUAAUGUCCAAAACGAGAUAGACGUAACAUCGACGUCUUCAUUGAAAAGAGAUCCAAAAAACAGUGAUAAUACGUUGUGUUGUGUUGUCAAGCUUUCCAGUCAUAAUGCCGAUAAAUUAAUUAAAAUGUAUAACGGAAAACGGUGGAUUGGGAAAGACGGUUCUUUGAUGGCUUCACGGUGCAGGAUUACAAGAGUUAAAGUAAACAAACAAGAUUCUUCCACUUCACAAUAUAAAACACGAAAAGAAGAGAAAACAAUUCCAUCUGAGAGGGAGACAUUUACUGAAAAUGACCUCUCUAAUCUGAUUGAGUUAAAGCCACCAGCUAUAAUGCCGAAUGGAAAUGUGGGUACACCUACUAAGUACUUCCUGGAUCUCAUCCGUGCUUGCAGGAUGCCACCAUCUAUGAUAAAAAAACUUGGUUUAUCAUUUCCUAAGACACGAUCCAACAGACGAUACGGGAAUGUACCAUUCAAUUAUCCAAAUAGUAAGAGAUUUUCAAACAAUGAGCAAGAAGAAACUGUGCUAACCGGUUCCGGAGAAGAAAUUAUAUUCCUGGAAACACAGAAUACUGGGGAUAUAGGCGUUAGCAGAACAAUUAAAGAGGAGGGUUUAGUGUCUGACAAAAGAAAUUUAAAUAAAGUAAAUUCAGAAAUAGAUGAUUUGGCUGAUGAUCAAGAACAGGAAUUGUCUGAAUCUGACCAGGAUGAUGAUACAUGUGAGGACUGGGAGAGACACGAAGCCUUGCAUAAUGACGUCACAGAGCAGGACCGAACAAAGGAAAGACUUUAUGAAGACGAGAUUGAACUGAAAUGGGAGAAAGGAGGACCUGGACUCGUAUUUUAUACCGACGCGUAUUACUGGAAACAACAAGAAGGCGAUUUUGAUGAGCAGACUGCUGAUGACUGGGAUGUUGAUAUGAGUGUUUACUAUGACUUGGAUGGUGGUGACAAAGAUGCCAGAGAUUAUGUGCAGAUGAGAUUAGAACAAAGACGAAGAGAUGGAAUACCAGAUGAUGCCGAUAAAAUUGGAAAAUUUGAAAAACACACCAAGGGUAUUGGUCGAAAGAUUCUGGUACAACAAGGGUGGAAGGACGGUGAAGGCCUGGGCGCUAGUGUCAGUGGUAUAACGGCAGCAUUGGAGAAUGAUGGACAACACCCUCGUGAAAGGAAAGGACUAGGUUACUAUGGCGAGAAAAUCAAUAGAAAUGUCAAGAAAACAAAGAAACGACGAGCCGAGGAUGGGAUUAUUACGACCAUCUAUGAUAAUCCUUUAGAAACCGACCAACCAGAUACGCUGCUUAGAUCACAGCAUCCAUGGACGCUUAAAUACCGACCAGAUGUCAAGUUCUGCAAAGGUCAUGAUGAUGACUCUAGUUGAUGCCCUAUUUUAAUUCUUUUUUGAAAAGUGAACUUCAAACCAUAUUAACAAGACCCCAGAUUUGUGAGAUCUGUCUGAACAGAAGUUCCAGAAAAGCAGGAGUCAAUUUAGAAGUACCAUUGUCAAUGUAGACAUCCCCAACUACAUCUGCAUGUAAAUAGUGUUCACAAGGAUUAAAACGCAACUUAAAAAAAAAA